AUGGGCUCCAUGUCAAAUGUGGCCAAGACCCUCCUUAUCCCCGCCGUAAUAUCCCUGGCGCUUUAUCUCCUCCUCUCAUUCCUCAUCGUCCCAUUCUUCCGUCGCUAUCAUCAACGCUACUCACAAUAUCUUCCGUUGCAAGCGAUUUCUGCGCACACUUUAUCCUUGCGAGAUCGUAUAGCCGAUGCUGUCAUGCGCUUCUUCUUGCCAUCGUCGUGGCGGCGGCAGACCGACGGACAACACGAUAACAUUAGCAUAUUUGACGAGGAGGGGGAAAUCAUGGUUGGGAUGGACAUGGAUCCCUCUCGGAGGGAAGCGCUGGAAAGACGGCGCGAUAUAACGGCUGACGCAACCAGCCGACUCAGCCGGGACCUCGAGCAGGGGUUCAUGGACGAUAGCGAUGAUGAAGGGGAUGAUCAUGGCCAUUCAAGGGUUCGUCGGUGA